UUUAUUUUGUUAUAUUUUUGUUAUGGCAAGGUUAUAGUACAAGCGAUAUAUGCGGUGAAUGUGAUUGUUUACAAGUAAAAACUCCGGGUUGUUUGAUAAUCUGAUGUGUACAUUUCGAAGAAAAUAUUAAAAUAGAAUAAUACCUAUAUUAAAUAUUUUUAAUUAAUUUUUAUUAAUUGUUCAUUAAAUAUGAGAUCUUCAACCCCUCCAACUCAUUUAAUCAACUUGAAAGAACAAAUAUACUGCUUUGAAAUUUGUGGAAAUGAUUUUGCUCAUUAUUUAAUUGGAAUAGCUGUCACAAAAAAAGUGGUUUUGGCGCUACUCAAAUUUCCGGAAGAAACAGAGACUGAAUCUUUUGAGUAUUUGCCAACUAAAGAAAUUUACCAUGAAAGCAGAUGCCAUGCUAUUGCUUUUUCACCAUCAACAUCCUUAGCCUGUUUGCCAAAAGUUGUUAUGUUUUGUACAGCAGGAGCUGAUUUUAUUUUAAGAAUUUUUCGAAGCGAUUUGCAAAAUAGUGAUACUGUGCAGGAAUUGAAAGGUCAUACAAAUUAUGUUAACGAUUUGGCGUGGGAGCCGGAAGGUGAAUUUUUAGCAUCAGUUAGUGAUGACCAUUCAUGUAGAAUAUGGAGUAGCAUAAACAAUUUUGAAUCGGUAACUACAUUCUGUUUGAAUUCAGCUGGUAUGUCUGUAAAGUGGCACCCGGAAGAACCAAGUAAAGUGCUGGUAGCUGAAAAAAAUGGAAUAAUUCAUUUAUAUAAUGCAAAAUCACAACAAGUUAUUUUGUCAUUAGAGUCUCCAAAAACACCGUUAAUGAGCGCUGAUUGGUCAUUGCAUAAUAGAAUGUAUGUAGCAGCUUUGUGUGGUGGAGACAUUAUAACUUGGGAUUUGAGGAGAACAUGCCGCCCAGCUGAUAUAAAACAAAUACAUGAGGAUGGGGGUCGAAUUGUAAAAAUUUCUCCGAAUACAGACCAAGUGACUGCAAGCGUCGGUAGGCCGGAUAUAACAUUGAAGGUUUUGACAGCCAAAUCUCAAAUACCGUUAAUAGAAUCUACAUUAAAACUUUAUGGAGGCUUGGCUUGGCAUUCUAGAUUGCCUUAUGUAGCAGCAGCAUUUGAUAGAAAGUUGUGUUUUUGGAAAGUUCAAACUAAAUGAAAUAAAAUUAAAGCUUGUGUUUAUAUUUAAAUUUUGAAAAAA